GUUUCCAAAUGGUCAGUCCUCCCCUGGCGGGUGGUGCUGCUGUGGAUCUGCACAAAAAUCUGUGCAGCCGCACCACCUGCACAGAGGAAUGCGGACCCGCGGGUGGGUGCCAUUAGUUCUAAUGGAAUGCCACCCGCACUGGAAAGUGCAACCAUACUGGGAACCGAGGUUCCUGUGCAGGCUGCGGUUUCCAAAGAAGUGCAGGGACUUCUUCCCUGCGUGUCACGGGUGUCCAUUCAAAUGAAUGGGCUCUCGUGCCCACGCAAAACGUGGCCCGCACGGCCGCAUAUAUGUGAACCA